UGCCGGUGAUGACCACAGACGAGCUACAGCAUUUAAUGAAGAAGACCGCAUCACAGUCAGGUUACAGAAAGCUCGUCUUGUUGGUAAGCAAGAGAUGUUCUCUGUUUGUAUACUGUGUAUAUCGGCAGAUCUCGGUGCGCAGUUUCCAAAGAGUUCAGGAGAAUCUAUCCCUUGUUAUCGGGUUGCGCUGCCCUUGCGGUUAGUUUCCAUCGAGAACUAAAGCUAAAGUAUGUACAGGAAUCCUUGUCACGGCUUUCGACGCCAUCUUGACGAGUUGGCAAACGCGUGAGAAAUUACAAUGUUUGUAGGAGAAUCUAAUGUCGAAUAAUUUCCCUCAGCUUGGUGACCGAUUUGGGGAGUGGGUGAUUGCGCCUUGGAAUUUGUGAGCAUCACAACAUCACAAUUUGGGUACUAAAUUUAAAGGCAAGAGAGAAGGUGUGAGUGUACCAUAAUCAGUCUUCCUAACGUUGGCAAUGUCACAAUGCCAUAUAGGAACAUUCAAAGGAUAUCGCUCAGUAUGAAAUAAUUGUUAAUAAUCUCUUAGGCUCCGGGGAGUUUUGGUAAUCAUUGAUUCAUUUAUUUGCUGUUCACCGAUUUCAAUAGUGGUAAUUUGUUGUCUUGCGAGGGUGAUUUAUUUGGAAAGUUAUUUUGCUUUGAUUUUGCGUUAUCAGGUUAAAACAAAAGGAUUAUUUAAGAGUCUUUUUUCAUUGUUUAUUUGAUGAUACAUCACAGGAUAGCCGAUACCAUAAAUCACCGACGUAUUUCCGGUCGUCGCUUCUUUGGCUGAAUUAUUUGUGCGUGGCUCAGGCGGUGUUGGUCACGGUCCGAAGGGCAUCAUGGGGAAAAAAUCAAAAACGGCUCAUUUGCAUCUGACCUUCGCUCUGUUCACAUCUCUCGUUACGGCAUAAAAAUACCGUGAGAAAUAGUGUGAUAUGGGCAUUAUAGGUCUUUUUCCGCUUUUAAAAGACAUAACAUGCGAUGUUCAUUUGAGAUCUUUCUCCGGAAAGGUGGCUGCAAUCGACGUUUACUGCUGGCUUCACGAAACGGUUGUUUUCUGUGUCGAAGAGAUAAUUUUAGGGAUCGAAACCGCCGCGGUACGUAUCAACACUUCGUUCUUACAUGUGGUUAAAGUGCUUGAUUUUGAACGUAAGCUUCUCUUCAGUGCUCUUCUCACCUCAGAUUUUUUUCCAGGCACACUGACGUGUGCAUUAAGGAUACUGAUCUUCUCAUCGAAAAUAAAUAUUGUAAUUUUACCGGGUAAUUUUACUGGUUUUUAAUUUAGUUAUUAAUAAUAUUGUUAUGUGCUUUUGAGUAUUUUUAUAGAAAAAGCGCAAUAUAAGUAUUAAAUAUUGCUAUAAUGUGCAGCCUAUUCUUGUUUUCUAGAAGAAGCUGGAGCGCAAGGCAAAAAGUGGAAUCCUCCUUCGCUAACUUGUUGUUGUUGAGGGCAACAGCAAGUUAGCGGAGGUUUUCUAUUCAUUUUAGUCCGUAUGAAUUCAGUUUUAUUUGUCCGUUGUUUUUUGUAUGAUUUAUCAGGGAUCGUGAAGAAUCUCGCACAAGUUUAACUCUUUGCAAACAAGCGCAGGAGGAAGAAGCCAAGGAACUAUUCAAAAAGGAGGCCCUAAGGGCCGCUUCGAUGACAUAUAUAUCACAAAAACAUAUCAUAUUUUUUAAGACGAAUAAAAAAGGAAAGAAAGAAAGUAUUCUAAGCUGAUCGUGUAGUGAAAGUCUUCUAAGCCGAUUCGAUCGUGACCGCGCGAGUAUAUUUAUAAUACUAAAGAUGCCGCGGAAUGGAGUCACGAUUCACGCACUUAGGUAAACUUCAAGUGGCAUUUUGACCCUUAAAACGGGGCCCGCCGACCAUUUCAGAUACUUGAACAACAAAACUAAUAGAUUAUGCUAAAACUGGAGGUCAGGGGUCGUUGAACACUGAGAAAAUGUAGACUGAAAAGCAUAAACAAUAGCUCUUAACUAAACAAAGGGAUUAUGCGCAUGAAGAAUUCCAAAGAACAAUAUCAAUAGAAAACAAACAUACAUCAUAUUGUUUUAAGAACUGCGGCUUGCUACAUCUGUCUACUCAAACUUUUCCAAAAAAUAUAAUCGUAAACCACUUGUUAAACUGCGAAAACCGAAGAAAAUCGAAGAGACUACCCGCACAAAGGAGAAAGAAUCGGUCCGCCAUCUGCAAUGACGUGAUUGGACAAAAUUGGUCACGUGGUGAUUCCCUAGUAAAAGAACCUAACACUGAUGUAACAAGUCAAGAAGAUGAUAAAAAGGUAAUAAAAAGUGGGGGUCACCGUGCUCGUUUUGACGUCACAAUGCUGACAAAUACGGCUAUUUUGGACGCUUUGACAAAAACCGCGCGCAGCCCAAAACUAGACAAAAAGGAAAGAUUUCUUCAAUGAUGCAUGUGGUAUCGCACAGAAUUAGACUUUAAUGUAUUGUUUAUCCACUUACGUACCAGAAAAAUGCCUUUUAAUGCCCUUGUUUUUACUUUACACUCCAAAGUAGAAUUAAAUUGGACACGCGCUAUUCAACACGUGAUAGCUCAAUCCGUACAAUUUAGUAAAAUUGCCAAAAAACUGAACAUAGAUUUGUGCGAAUUUUUUUCUCACCGAAAGGAAGCACUGUCCGUAUGAAAAUCAUGAAAUAAAAAAUGGGGGUCACCGAUCUCGUUUUUGCGGUAGAGCUGCAGAAAGUGCGCACCAAAUGCAUUUUCCUUGAUUUUUGAGACAGGAUUGGGGCGAGUUUCAAAAUAGAAUGUAUGCGAAAGGGAGAAGAAAGUAUUAAAAAAUCCGUUUUUACAUAAUUUACAUCGAGAUAUCAUAUUCAUCGGACACAAUGUGAUAAAGAAAGCGUUUAUAUGAAAAUCAAAGUGAAUAAGCACAAAUUAAACAUCCACUAUCGAGGUUCUCCGUGAGGAAGUCGAACUCAGCAACACGCGUACAUACUGCUUACGUUAUGCACAUUCCCACCACAUCGAGUCUCACCUCGGCAAGAAACAACCGCAAGCAAAAAUUGCAAUAGCGUUUCUCUUCGGUCAACUUCAUUUUAAUAAUGUUACUUCACAUGCUCUUUUUUACGGAGGCCAUCUUGUUAUGCGAAGUAAGAGAUGCGCAGUGCAAAACCAGGAAAUCACCUUAAGUGUGAUAGUUUGUUGAGACAAAAGAGUUAAUGAAAACAGUUUGUUCACAGGGAGCCCGCACAAUCUGUUUGUGUAGCCGAUUGUUAUUUUAUAGUAAAUGUUCUGGAUUUACCGUUUGCCUCACCUAUAGCGAUAUGUCGCUAACUAUAUAUAAAUCAAUGAUAAAUAAGCGUUGAAUUACCUUACCUGUGGUAUAUAGUCGUCCUUUUACCUCAAAAGCGGUUUUUUGAGCGAUUUUGAAGGAGUUUGAAUUCACCGUUGACUGUUCCUUAUAAUAGAAGGACAAGGGUGGAAUCCAUGAUUUGAAAGGGCUCCAGUGCCGGAGCAAUUUUUUUCCCCAAAAUCGCAUUGCUCCGCUUUCAAACUUCGUAGAAAAAAGGUUGAAAGAUUCACGUUUCUCUUCGUACCUUCCGAUCGAAAAUCCAUCCAAACAGCCCGGAGCUAGCCGUCGAAGAAAAUUAAAUCCCACAGUAUUCGAGCGGCAGGAAUGCGUAGCAAGAUUCAUACGUGCCAGCCAGAAACCGUCCCGCUGAUUGCCUCUUUUAUGGAUGUCCUAUAUGAGCCACGGUACUGUUCAGUUGAAUUGCGCACUCAAAAGAGUGCAAUGUUAGUGAAUGUAAUGUAAGAUAAAAGCGCUACGGUAAAGGUGAGUUCCCUUUGUGACGCCUUGUGAUACUUUGUGAUACUUUUUGAUACUUUGUGAUACCUUGUGAUACCUUGUGAUACUUUGUGAUACUUUGUGAUACUUUGUGAUGCCUUGUGAUACUUUGUGAUACUUUGUGAUGCCUUGUGAUACUUUGUGAUGCCUUGUGAUACUUUGUGAUACCUUGUGACGCUUUGUGAUACCUUGUCAUACUUGGUGAUACUAUACUCUGUGAUACUUUGUGAUACCUUUUGAUACUUUGUGAUACUUUAUGAUGCCUUGUGACGCUGCGUGGUUUAAAGCCUUGUACUGAUACUAGAAUUUGUGUCACCUCACAUGAUAAGUGAAUUGUAGAACAGACCGGCAUGAUACUGGGGUUACGUUACUAAAAACUCAAGUUAAUAAGAUAUCUUAAGAUAUAGUCUCUCUCCUCCGCAGAGGUUCCCGCUGGGUAUCCCCAUCAAAAUAUCAAUAAUCGCGCUCUCUUUUUCUUUCUCCCCAGCCUCCCCACAACACAAAAGCCUCCCCACAAUACAAAGAGGCCUCUGCGGAGGAGAGAGAGAUAUAGUGAUUGUGUGAGCAAGUGAUGCGAUCACAAACUUUGUGUUUUUAAUCAGUUGUCCCCAAAUCGUGCACUGUAUAAUUUCCCUAGAACGGCUGUUCUGAAAAAAAAAAAUGAUUUGUAAACUAAAGCUUCACUCCCAAGGAUUCUACUGGAAAAAAUGAGGGCGUUCGCCGCUCUGGAAGACCUAGAACCACUUUUUUAAAUUUUCUAUACAUUUGUCUGUAAGAAAGAAAGACAAAUGUAUGGAAACUCUAAUGCAAGCCUCUGGAGAAAUUUAGGCACAGGUACGCCUCCAAAAUUUUUUAGGAUAAUCCUUUGCUUGGUAGGUUUAGUUUACAACUGAUAUUUUUUUCAGAACAGCCGUUUUAAGGAAAUUAUUCGACAUUAGAUUCUCAUACAGACAUUGUAAUUUCUCACGCCUUUGCCUACUCGUCAAGAUGGCGUCGAAAACCGUGACAAGGUCUAUUCACAAUUCGCCUUAGGUUAAUUCGAUUUUGCACGGCUAAAACAACAACCAACGUCAACAGUAAUUACAAAUUUUGUGACAAUAAACACUGUCUGCAGCAAGCAAAGCUAUCAAAGAACAUGUGGCAUAGUGUAUAUGCUCAAUUACACAAGUUUACAGCAGUAUUUGUUGAGAGAACAAAACAUAGCAAUUGGAGCAUAACAGCACUUUGAUGAACUGCUGUUGUUGUUGUGUCUGUUUUAUCUUUUUUUAAAAUUCGUUCAGUUUUGAUAUUACGUGUAAGCAUCAACGUUGAACGGUUUCAAAUAAGCCACACUCAGUUUUGAGUCUAUAAACAAAAAUGGGGCACAAAAGCAACCCAUGUCACGACCUUGUCUGCUCAACUCGAUUAUCAGACAAUUUCCGGGAUUAUAAACUUGAAGGCAGAACAUCAUCGCUGCUUUAUAAUCACGAAAUUAUUAUUUACCAAGAAUAGGAGGUGACAGCUGAGUAAUUUUUCUCUUGGAUUUGACUUUUUUUUUUUCGCGACGGAAGGAAUUCUGUUCAACACUAAUAUAAAACGUAGCUGCACUGUCCUUUGAAAUUUGCAUUAUGCUUUACAUUAAACUCACGCAAACUGCGUUUAGAUAGAAGACAGAUAAACUUUAUUUAACCACGAGCAAUUCAGCAGCUAAUUAAAAAAAUUCAUCAAACUGUAAUACACAACUAUGAUUAUGUAAAACUAAGCAUUGAACUCACUAUAUUUAAAAAAAAAAGCUGCUUUCCGUGAAUGCCGUGCUAAAUCCAUAAGGAAGAAAAAUAUGUUAUAUCAGUCAUUCCUUAAUAACCCUAACUCUUCCAGUCAAAAUGCAUAUAAGUCGUACAGAAACAAACUUACUCAUUCUCUUCGAGUUGCUAAGCGUUUAUAUUAUGAAAAACAAAUUGAAAAACUAAAAUCAAAUGUCAAGGCCACUUGGAAAGUUCUAAAUGAAAUCCUAAAUAGAAAUAAAGGAAAGCGUGGUUUGCCAUAUAUAUUUAGGGCAGAUUCUCGAGAAAUUUCCAAUCCAAAGGAAAUAGCUAAUUUCUUUUGCAAAUAUUUCACUAAGGGACCAGUCAUAAAGUACAGGUGGGGGUGGGCUAUGAAAAAUUGGGGAUGGGUCUCUAUUUUUUAACACAUUAAAAGGGUGGGUCAGGAAAAAUAAUGCACUACAUUAGGGGUGGGUCAUGUUAAAUUAUUCACAUAUCACUACAAAAGUUAGUAAAAUAUUUUUUUAAAUAAUAAAUCUACUUUUCCACAUUAAUCCAACUUUAUAUGACAACAGGAAUUCACAUAUUGAAUAUUUUGUUUCUAUUUAUGUACAGUCUUUAAAUCUGAAGAGUAGUCACGCAGGAAACUUUUUAUAGUAUAAAAUCUAGAACAAAGCUUUACUGUGUGUUCAUAAACCUAACUUAUGUUCACAUCUUUUUUAAUAUCUUCUUCUAAUCAUCUUUAGUCAUCUUCACCAUUACCAUCCAUUGUAAAUUUACCUUAAAUUACUUAUUUAUAGUUUUAACCACCUACCAUCUCUCUUUGUUAAGAAGCAUUACCAUCCUCCUCCUCCUCCUCGUCCUCCUCCUUUCACUCUUCUCUUCGAGACGAAUGUUUCUUUUGCAAAAGGAUCAUUAUCAUCAUCAUCAUAAUCACUAUCAUCUAUAGAUUUUGCCAGACUUUUUAGUGAACCGCUGGGCAUUUCUUUCUGAUUGUUUCAAAAUAGCAUCCAUUGUAAAUUUAGGCUUUAAGGGUUCCUUUCUGAAUCGCCUUCUGGGAAAUUAACUCGGGGGUGGGCCACUGAAAACCAGUUAUUUAAUAUUUCUAGAUGCUGUAAAUGAGCAAGGAAAUAGUUUUAACCACCUACCAUCUCUCUUGUUAAGUUAAAGAAUGCACAGUUGAUAUCACACACCGUUGACAACCUUGUACUACAGUAUGUGGUCCUUGGUCCGCGUGUUUAAAAAAAGUCAUUAACUUGAAUAUCUUUCAAAUUGACCAAUGUUAUUGAACGAAUCUUCAAUACGUAACGAGCUGAAAUACUUCCUGAAGAUAGCUUUUAUGUUCUUCUCGAUAAUCCUGAAGUUUCAAGUUCCAGACCUAAAUAUUUUGCUUGGAGUUCGAAAAAAGGCGACCGUUUUCGAUGGUCCUUGGUCCGCGAAUGUGGCCCUUGGUCCGCGUCUCAGGUAACCAGCACGAAAAAAUGUUAUAGUUUCCACAGGAAAUCGUCAUUUUCACAAAUUUCAUGUAUUUUUUUUCUUUUCUUGAUGCAAUUAAGCUAAAGUUUUUUUUUUCGGAAGAUGUUGUGAGUAUAAAAUAAUCUGCUCUUCUUUCAAAGACUUCAGACAACAGUCUCCUCGAGUCUCCUACAUGAGCGUCGCGAGCGGUUUUCAGCGCGGUCGAAAAUAAUUACCAAAAACUCUGUAUGUAUGCGAGGUAUUAAAAAAAGAGAACUUGUAGACAUGUAUAGGGACGAUUUUCAAAACAUUUUUUGAAAACAAAGGCCGUCGCUUUUUGUUUUGCGAAGUUUUAUUCAACCAGGUCAUAAGUCGCGGACCAAGGACCGCCAAGCGAAAUUUGGUGAUAUUUUUCAAGAGUCGAUACAACAAAAAAUUCAAAGUCUACAGCAAUAUGCUUCCAACAGCAGAAAAAAGUUGAUCUGAAAACCUGUUCUGCAAAAAGUCACGUCUUCCCGUUGCGUUUUAUUUAUUCGCAGGCUAAGUAAACAUGACCAUGUAAUUUACGGUGCCGCAGAAAUCCAAACUUCAAGAAAGACAAAUUAACCUAACUGUCAACAAACUUUAAUUUUGUGCCUUCACCCACAGAAAAAGGAGGCUGAAACUUCGUCAUAUGAAAGAAUGCUAAUCAGUAAAUCACGAUAUCUUUCAUUAUUCAACGUAUUUUUUUUCUCGACGAAAUAUUUUAUCAUUUUCGGAAAAGGCGCGGACCAAGGGCAUCGCGGACUUGCGCGGACCAAGGACAUACUGUAUAAUUUAGUUUACCCUUACUUAACUUAUUGUGUUUCAGUGUGGGGAUCGACAUAUCAGUCUAAUUUAAAUCGGAUUAUUAUUCUGCAAAGAAGAUAAUCAGAAUAAUAUCUAAAGUUUCUUACCGGUUUUCUUUUUAAAGAGCAGGAGAUUUUAAAAUUCUCGGACAUUUAUUUAUACUAAAUAGGUAAAUUUAUGUAUCUUUUUAAAAGAGGCUUACUUCCAAAUUAUUUUCGUGAUGUGUUUACUCUUGCAAGCCGGAUACAUUCUUAUAAUACAAGAAAUUCCAGCCUUUUCUGUAUACCUCAUUGUGGAACUAAUUUUCGAAAAUUCUCAAUUCGGUUUCAAGGUCCUUCGUUUUUCAACUCGCUAAGUCGGGAAAUUCAAAACAGUGAAAGUAUCAAUUUGUUUGGCAAAAGACUUAAAAAAUUCCUUCUUUCUUAGUUAAAUUGACUCUUUGUUGAGCUACACACCUUUUCUUUUCUUUUUUCUCUUCUUUCUUUUUUUUCUUUAAAAAAUGAAUCCAAAUUUUCAUUCAGUAUGGUUUACCCUAUAGUUCCAGGAAGCCUAUAGUUUAUAAGCCCCCGGAUUCUAUACAGGCUUCCUUGCCUUUACCACAUUUAAUCUUGUAAAUAACUUAAUUCAGUGGAAUAUUGUAUAUUAUCUUUAAUGUAUUUCUGUAUACUGUUGUUGGAUUUCUGGUUAAUGACAAAAUAAAUGAAAUGAAUCAACUUAAAAAAUGAAAACGAAGUGUCACUUAAGCCCUGGUUUAACGAAUCUUUGAACCUCCAAAUCUCUUCUCUGGUGGGUUGUUUUAAGAACUCAAGUAAAUGCUUCUCUAUUAUUCUCUGUCAGUGCUUUUCUAAAACUCUUUACAAUAAUAAAUGAUGUUUGAUAGGCAAAAACGUUUGGCAAAUUGAAAAUGACGUAGAACGCGGUUUUGUUACCGGGGUAAACACUGGCUAUACUACGUUUAAAUAUUUGAAAUGUUUCGUGUCGAAUGAAGUGAGAAACCGCAUGUAUCCAACUUUUUCCACCUGCGUUAUCAGAAGAUUUUUGUACCUUGAUACAGACUCGACUUUGUUGACAUCCUCGUUCGCGUCCCUCAAUGUUACCUUUUUCGCCUAUUUCAAAAGCGUCAUAAAGACAUCCAAAGGUUUUAAGAAAUAAAACUGUUUCAGAAAGACCGGUUUAAACUCGAGCUUAAUAGUCUCAAUAGUUGGAACUGAAACAUCACUUACAAAAAAGAUAUCUCGUAAGUACAAAUUCCAUGUACUUAAAUGAAAGAUGCUGAUUUCUUUGAGCCAUCUGAAAUUCCAAUGCUAAGAGUCACAGCUUUUCUCUUUGGUAGUAAUGUUUAACUUGACGUCCUUUUGGGUCCGUCACAACAGUAUUUCCUUAUCCGAAUACAAAAAUCUUGUUAAUAUUAGAAUUACGAAUUAUUCGUUGAGUUGUCUACAACCAUCUCUAUGAAGGACGCUUUCUGUUAACCGGGUACUGCUCUGGUGCCUUUUGCAGAUAAUAAUAUUCGUUAAUGUGCCACUCAGUCAUUGAUCGUUAGCGGGACAGAAAAAGUCAGAAAAUAGCAUUUCUGUUUGCAAAACUUUGUUGCUUUCAUUAACAUCAACGAUCGUACUGAGUAUAAUUAAUGGAUGGCACUUGACUGUUAACUUUUCAUUUCUCAGUUAACUACUAAUUUUUUGACCGACUAUCAGUUAACUGCCAACCCGACAUUGGCACCCUCGUCUAAGAUGUUUUGAGACGACCCGUUGGGCAUAAUACUCGCUGAAAUGCGGGAAAGACUUUUCCAAUGGCCUGAUAUAAUUUGGCCCGGCGACUUUUAUGUUUAAAUGCGAUUAUUUUAACAUUAACUGGGCGUAUAAAACCUGCUUCGUUUAACAAUUCGAAACAAUAGACCUUGUCACGGUUUUCGACGCCAUCUUGACGAGUAGGCAAACGUGUGAGAAAUUACUGAUAUUUGUAUGAAAAUCUAUUGUCGAAUAAUUUCGGUAAAACGGCCGUUCUCAAAAAAAAUAUUAAUUGUAAACUAAAGCUACAAAGCAAAGGAUUGACCUAAAAAAAUUUGGGGCCGUACCUGUGCUAAAUUUCUCCAGAGGCUUGCUUUAGAUUUUCCAUAUAUUUGUCUGUAAUUUUCCGGGGACUUGCUUACAUACAAAUGUAUAGGAAAUUUAAAAAGUGGUUCUAGGUCUUCUAGUGCAUGUAACGCCCUCAAAUUUUUUCAGUAGAGUCCUUAGGAAUGAAGCUUUAGGUUACAAAUCAUAUUUUUUUCAGAACAGCCAUUUUACGGAAAUUAUUCGAAAUUAGAUUCUCAUACAAACACUGCAAUUUCGGCUGCGUUUGCGUACUCGUCAAGAUGGCGUCGAAAACCGUGACAAGGUCUAUACACACAACUUUUUGUUGUGCGCCAUAUUUCAGGCGCCAUGCUUGUGAAACAACACAGUAAUUACAAAAGUUGUUGCCUCAAUAAUCGUUCCAGUAAAAUUCAAUAUGAACGCCUGGAACAGACUAGUGGUAUACAGGGUUCAUCCUCUGCACUGGUCUGCGCGGAGCCGGAGGUCGCGGGAUCGGAUUCCUUCCAUUGGCCUGGCCUGCGAAUGGCAAGACAUUCCGGCGUUACUCGGAUGGCCAGGUAGAAAUAACGGUCCUGUCCCCAGCCAUUUUGUAGCAGAAAAAUACAAAACGAAUCUAAAAGAAAAGCCAGACUAACAAGGCCACAGGAAAACAAACUCUGACUUUUAUGCACAACAUUCAAUGUAGUACUGUUUGGCAAAGGAAAAUAACCGACUAGAUCCUGCAGUAAUUUCUUUUUCUAAUUUAUAUUUGUUUUUAAUCUGUCCUUUUUUACCUCAACAGGACACACGUGGGGAAAAUGAAUUUAGAGUAAGCCGGUUAGCUAACGCGAUACAUCUGGACCCUGAGGAAACAGAUUUGACUAAAGUCAUGAAGAUGAUCCAGAAAGAAGGUAUGACUGCAAAAUGCCUUGCGUCCAAGGUGACACUGGAUUACACUCCUUUUUCUAUAAUUAAUUAACGGGCAAUUAUCCCAAACCAUUUCGCAGUACCCACCCCCUCCCGGGGUACUCCCUAUGCGGAGAUAUUUUAAAGACAAUGCGUAUUUUACAGCAGUUAAAACGAUGCAAGGUUCUGAACUAGGUAUGUGAAUAAGGUACCAUUUAUAAUAGAAUAGAAUUUUUUUAAAACAAGAAAUUAAAAAUUUUAAAGGCAUUUUAAAAUGAAAUACCCACUGGCUUUUGUUUUUAUUUUAGCUGGGACUUCACGAGAUCCUAUGGCAGUAGUAUGCUACUGUGCUAUUGGUUGGCGGGCAAGCAUUAUGGCAACGCGGCUAUUGGACGAGCUAGAAAAACCUGAAAAUCAGGAUAUCAAGUCUAGCUUGGAGUUGUACAACUUAGAAGGAGCCAUUUUCAAAUGGGCGAAUGAAAGGAAGGACCUUGUUGACCCGGAUGGAAACGACACGGAUAUGAUACAUACUUUCACCCGUUUAAAGGGAAUGUUAGUUGAUAAAGAAUUGAGGAGACUCGACCCUUAAUUGUUCUUCAGCCGGCUCUUCACGCUCCUUGCCGCGAGUUUGAAAUUUUUCGGUUUUCAUAUUAAUUUUUAGAAUGCAACAAGAAAGAAUAAUGGCACAGAGAGGAAAACCCCAGUCUAACCCUUAGAGUAUAUGUGAAUUUUCCCAAAUUUAUCUUAGAUUGCUUCAAAUUAAUUGGAUGUUGCUUUCCGGAGAGGUCCACAAACUUCUAUUUAAUGUUGUGAAGAUACAAAUCAACAGUCGCCAUAACAAUAUUCUGCACCGUUUGCUUUGAGGCAGUUGCGAAUGGACUUGACUGUUCUAAACAACCCAGUAAAAUGUUGGGGCAUCCCAGAAAUUAGACUUCCAUUUGGGUACAACCUCUAAAAAUAACUUAAGUGAAACUCGCCUAUCCCGGCCGACACCCUAAGAUUCUCUCUCAUCCAUAUUAUUCUCUCUUGAAUGCAAGCAGCACCGUGUACCACAAGUGUUGCGCAGUAGGAUUUUUGCUUCUUGUCGCUAUGUUACAUAUGCCACCUCAUGAACUUUAUAGGACAUAAAGAGACAGUUCACAGUCUAAUCAUCUUUAGAUAUGUACACCCAAACUAGAUAUCAACAAAAAGGUUUAGGUGCAUGUAGGAAGGGUAUAGAGACCAGAACCUGAGUACGAAAAUUUAUAAAUGUCAAUGUUUAUAAUAAACUCUCUAAAGUAGAACAGAAGACUUUUAAAACGAG